GUUGUUGAUUUUUUCCCUUUCGCUUUCGGGUUGCCUGUGGGUGUGGUUGGUUGGGCUGCUGGCUGCCUGCAAAGGGCAGAGAGAACAGACACCCAGCCAGCUGCGAUGGCCUCUGCAGCUACAGCAGAGGAAGUGCAAGAUGAAGCCAUUUGCUCCAUCUGCCUGGGGUAUCUGACAGAGCCGGCAACUAUAGCGUGUGGGCACAACUUCUGCCGAGCCUGCCUCAGCCAGUACUGUGUGGAAAAGGGAGAGGGGACACCUCUGACCUGUCCCCAGUGCAGAGCCCGGUUCCAGAAAGGGGAGUUCAGGCCCAACACCCAGCUGAACAACAUCAUACAAAAAGUCAAACAACUGGGGUCAAAACCAGGAAAAGGGCAAAAGGAGAAGCUGUGUGAGAGACACGAGGAAUGUCUCAAACUCUUCUGUGAGGAGGAUGGAGAAACCAUUUGCUUGGUGUGUGAGAAAUCCCGGGACCACAAGUCUCACACUGUGGUUCCCAUUGAGGAGGCUGCCCAGGAGUACAAGGAGAAACUCCAGGGAGCCCUGGGCCCUCUGAGGAAGGAGCUGGAGGAAGCCCUGGUGCUGACGUCUAAAGAGAAGGAGAAAACCGCAGAGUGGCAGAGGAAAGUGAAGAACAAGAGAGAGAUGAUUGCAGGUGAAUUUAACAAACUGCACACACUGCUGAGAGAGGAGGAACAGCUGCUUCUGCAGAGCCUGGAGGAGGAGGAGAGGGAGACUCUGCAGAGACUAAGCGAAAAUGUAACCAAACUCUCCCAGCAAAGCUCCUCUCUGCAGCAGCUGAUCACAGAGAUCGAGGAGAAGUGUCAGCAACCAGUUGUGGAGCUGCUAAAGGAUGUGAAAAACACAUUGAGCAGGACUGAGAAUGUGAAACUCCAGGAAGCAGAAGCUGUUUCUAUUGACCUGAAGAACAUGUAUAAAAUUUCCCUUGACAUGAGAGAAGCACUGAAGAGAUUGGGAGCCUCCAGCUCUCACUCCAGCUCCUCACAGUCCUCAAGUCAGGAGUCCUCAGUCCUUCCCAGAGCUGGGCUUCGAUUAGUGUCCAUGGUGGAAUCAGAUGACUCCAGCCCUCCCUCCUGGAUCUGGGUCAUUUCAGACUGUGCCUCUAUUCUCUGCAUCCACUUUCUCCAGCCGGGGACAGCUCUCCAGGGCUCUGCCCUGCUUCAGCUGCUGCUGUCAUUGUCAUCUCAGACAUGUCCUCCCCCUUAGGGGAGCUCCUCUGCCUAGGACAGUGGUCCCCAAACUUUUUUGAUCAAGCCCUCCCUUACCUGGUUUGCACCCCUACCCUGGGAGCUGCUGUCAAGAGCUGGGCCAGGAACGGGGCUCCAGUUGGGGCCAGAAGCUGGGGGCCAUGGCUGGGAGUGGACCCGCAGUUGGGGCCGGGAGCUGGGGGCUUCGGCCAGGGGCGGAACCAUGUUUGGGGCUGGGGCUGCAGCUGGGUUCUCAGCCUGGAGCAGGGCCAGGAGUGGGUGGCUGGAGUCGGGGCCGGAGAUGCAGCUGGGGCUGAGGGUGAGGUCAGAGUGGAGCUGGUGACAGAGCAGGGCUGGGUGGCAUUCCCUUCCCGCCACCAUGGGGGCUGGUCCAGGCCCUGUCAGGCCCCCCAAAUGUUCCUCCACACCCACAGUUUGGGGAGCACUGCUCUAGGAGCCCCUUCCAGGCUCCUUGCUCUGGUGAGCUCUCCUGGGAGCUCCUCUCCUUAGCAGCUUCCUGUCCCUAGGAUCCCUUCAGCUGAACCCUGGUUACCCUUUAUCAAGCUCAUUAGCUGUUUCACUGCCAGCUAGCCACCUAGGGAUUUAAUUACUUCCAGGUUGGUCUGGGUUGUCUCAUUCUCCCUAACAGGGGCCUGUCACAGGUAGUCUGGUCCCUGAUUCCUCUAACAGGGCCAGCACUCUUGACACACUUACUCCAACCCCCAGAGCCAACCUGUAUUCAAAGGGAGGCUUGACCAUGGCUGACACUUGGUUAUGUUCUGCUAGAAAAGUUUCAAACUCCAGGGAAGUAAAUUAGUGGCCACUUCCAGGAGCUCCAUGGAGCUAGGGCAGGCAGGGAGCCUGCCUUAGCCCCAGGCCCCCGCUGCGUCACUGACCAGACUGUUAAUCUCUCAGUCAGUGGUGCCAAUCAGAGCCGCCACGGUCCCUUUUAAACCAGGUUUUCCAAUGAAAAAACAGACACCUGGCAAGCCUAUGGACAGGUGCCAACCCUAGGUCCUGUCCACAUGGCCCAGUAACACCCUGCUGAGCCAGGUACAGGCAGCCACAUGCCAGCCCAGGCCCUUUGCAGGGAAGCUGAGCUGCCAGCUGCCAUGGUCACUAACAGUGUUAAUUCUGUCACGUGCCACUCACCAUGCUUAGAGCCCCCUGGACCCAGCCCCAGGAACUGCUGUAACCUAGAACCAUAACAAUGCAGGGCUGGAAGGGACCUUGAGAGAUCACCUACUCCACCCCCCCAUGCUAGGUCAGGGACUAGACUAUCCCUGGCAGGGAUUUGUCCAACCUGUUCUUAUAAAGCUCCAGUGACAGGGAUCCCACAACCUCCCCUGGAGCCGGGUCCAGAGCUUCACUGCCCUGAGAUUUAGAAAGUGUUUUCUCUUCUCCAGCCUCAACCUCCCUUGCUGCAGAUUGUGCCCGUUGCUCCUUGGACAGGCCCUCGCCCUGCCCACUGGGGCACUGGCUGUGUCACCAAGCCUGAGCAUGGCUGUUAUUGCACUGACUGGCUGGGGAUGCUGGUCUGGCUCGGGGGGCAGUGAGGGCAGCUGGGGCCUUUCACUCCCCAGUCACCAAUCUCAGUCUAGGUUCAGAGUCCACUUCCCAGGGGACAGGAGCUCACAUCGUAACUCACCUUAAUGACAGCCUGACCAGCCACCUCUGCAGGGAGGCCAAGGUCUGAAUAGGCCGCAGGGACGAUUCCUCCCCAGGGAGAGGGUCCGGCAGAUGUUAGGACUGAGCCAUGUUAGCAGGACAGUUGGGGGCUGACACGGCCUCUGUCUCCUUAUACCUUCAAUACACAGAGCUCCAGCAGCCAGGGUGUAAAACCCAAUUUGUAUCCCCAGCACUGAACUAACUGUCACUGCCCCAAGGGUCCUCUCCUACUGGGGUUGGGGGGUGAGUAAGGCACUGGAAGAGGGGGGCCAGGGGGCCAUCACUUUUACCAAUGGGAGGGCUAUUCCCUCCUACUUUUUACCAGCCGUAAGGGUGAGCGAUGAUGGGGGAGGGGGCCGAGAG